AUGCUGGCGGCUGUUGGCUUUGUGAUAGUUGCUUUGCCAACUUCUUUAUGGCUCUACACUAAGUAUAAGUCAAGGAAGCCGAUGAUCUAUGCAAAGUUAGACGGGGAGCUGUUCGAACGAGUUAAAAAAUAUAUUCCAGCUCUUAGAAAGGUGUACACUCCACCAUGGUGGUGUCCUUUUGGGGACGCACAGACUAUAGUUAGUGGAACAUUCAGAAAGUGUCCUCCAUUGCCUUUCAUCAGGGAAGUGAUUGAAUUUGAAGACGGAGGCGCUCUAGGUAUCGAUUGGCUGCAUCCGGAAGACUGCCCGGAUGACGCACCUAUAGUGUUGUUUUUACCUGGGAUAACAGGAUCGACUCGAGAUUGCGCAUAUAUACUAUAUCCGGCACAGGAAUUAAUUGCUCGAAAAUGGCGUGUUGUUGUCUACAAUCCGCGUGGACUUGGCGGUGUCAAUUUGAGAAAUAGAAUAACUUGUUUUCUCAAAGUGCUGAACGUUCCAUUCUAUUCCAGAACUAUUCCAGAGCCUACAAUUCCGUCCGACAUCAUGACGUUGCUGAGUAUGGUGCUUUGGAAUUAUCUUGCAACAUGCACAAAAGAAGAUGUGAUUCUCAAAGGUGCGCUCAUCGUCUCUUCACCUUUUGAUCCAUCUUCGACAACAAACUCCCUAGAGAGGUUUUUUGCGAAGCAUACCUACAAUCGUCAUAUUACUAAAAAACUCGUCGCUUUUGCGGAUAGAUACAGAGAAUACUAUGAACACCACGAAAUGAUGGAUUUCGACCGUGUCUUACGAUCAGUGACAAUUCGAGAAUUUGACUCUAGUUUUACGGCACCUUUAUUUGGUUACGAAUCUGUCGACCAUUACUAUGAGCAUGCGGCUCCGAAUAAGAAGGUGCAUAAGAUACCCGUUCCCACAUUGUGUUUGAAUGCUGAUGACGAUUGUUUCAGUCCGUUAGAAGCCAUACCUAUCAAUGCAAUAAGCGCAAGUGAUUCCGUUAUCAGUGUAGUUACAAGCGGUGGUGGACAUACAGCUUUUCUUCGUACUACAAAUCCUAAUCAGGGAGGACUAGUGGACGAAUUGCUUAUUGAAUGGGCCAUUAUGCUCAUCAAGGAUCUCCAUUAG